ACCAAAAUAGCUGCCCUUUGUGGUGUACCUUGAUUUUCCCUUAUUUGGAACCCUAAUCCACACUACAACAUUGUAUCAAACAUAUACAAAAUGCAAGUAUGAAACGAGUGGAAAGCUGCUUUUCACAAUGGCAUCUUCUUCACCAAUUUCCAUCUCAUUUCUCCUCCUCCUCCUCCUCCUACUCCCUUCAGCCUCCUCUGAUCCUCAGCUCUCCUUCCAUGGCGGUCUUCUCCUCACCGGAAAUGUAAACCUCUCCCUCAUAUGGUACGGCAGGUUCGGCCGCAUCCAAAAGUCGGUUCUCCGGAGCUUCAUCAAGUCCCUCAACAACAACUUCAACACAAACCUUGAGCCACCGGUGUCAGAAUGGUGGCAAAUGGUGGAGAGCUACCAGUCUGCAGCUAAUGACAAGCUGUUUACGGUGCCUAAGAUCCGUGUUAGGGUUGUGAAACAAGUCACCGACGUCUCGUACUCGAUCGGAAAAGUUAUCACCAAAGACUUUCUUUCAGGGUUGGUGAGUAAGGCCACCAACGGCGACAGUAACACCGUCGCUGUUGUCUUCACGUCGAGGGAAGUCACGGUGCAUGGGUUGUGCAUGGGAAAAUGCUCCGAACAUGGAGUUAUCGGUCCAUCAAAUCAACUUUACAUGAUCGUUGGGAACCCUGAGACGGAGUGUCCCGGGUCAUGUGCCUGGCCGUUCCACCGGCCGGAUUAUGGGCCACAGGGGGUAACCCUACAACCACCAAACGGAAAUGUGGGUGCGGAUUCCAUGGUAAUUUCAUUUGCAUCAGCACUAGCUGGACUUGUGACUAAUCCCUAUAACGAUGGGUUUUAUGAUGGGCCUGAAUCGGAUCCGAAGGAGGCAUCAACCAUCUGCCACGGUAUAUUUGGGAGCGGGGCAUUCCCGGGUUACACCGGAAAGGUUCGGGUGAACCCGAGCAAUGGCGGGUGCUUCAAUGCCCAUGGGCUAAAGGGUAAGAAGUUCUUGCUUCCGGCAUUGUGGGACCCUAAAACAUCAUCAUGUUGGACCACGAUGUGAGAGUUUAUUGUGGUAGUGAAGAUUGGUAUUGUAUUUUGUUUUCUUAGUUAAAUCUUUGGCAUGGGAAUGUGGGUCAAUAAAAAAAAUUGGAACUAUACUUGUAUAGAAAAGGGUGUGUUAAAUUUUCUUUUCCUUUUCCUUCCCCCAUUUUUUCCCAAGAAAAAAAAUAAUAAGAGUGGUCUCAUUACGAAACUAGACUCCUUUGUUAUAAUGAUGAGUUCUGCACAAUUCCU